UCACACUUUUGACCGGAAAAUAGUCCGUACCCAGAAAUCAAGCAGUAUCGCCAACAAAGAUGGUGAAAGCCAUUAGAGUUCAUGAACUUGGUGGUCCUCAGGUCUUGAAAUGGGAAGAAGUGGAAAUAGGAGAGCCGAAGGAGGGGGAGGUUCGUGUGAAGAAGAAGGCGAUAGGGGUUAAUUUCAUCGAUGUAUACUUCCGCAAAGGACUUUAUUAUAAGGCUGAUACAAUGCCCUUCUCCCCAGGUAUGGAAGCUUGUGGAGUUGUGACAGCCGUAGGACCUGGAGUAACAGACAGGCGAGUUGGAGAUCUGGUGGCCUAUGUUGGCACUCCGAUGGGGUCAUAUGCGGAAGAGCAGAUCCUUCCUGAAAACAAAGUGGUGCCGGUUCCCCCUUCAAUUGAUCCUAUUGUUGCAGCAUCGGUAUUGCUUAAGGGUAUGACAGCUCAGGUUCUACUACGUCAGUCUUUCAAGGUCAAACCAGGACACACAGUCCUUGUUCACGCAGCAGCUGGUGGAGUUGGAUCCCUUUUAUGCCAGUGGGCUAAUGCGCUUGGUGCAACUGUCAUUGGAACUGUAUCAACUAAAGAGAAGACAGCUCAGGCCAAGGAUGAUGGGUGUCACCAUGUCAUAGUCUACACGAAAGAGGAUUUUGUUGCUCGAGUGACAGAAAUAACAUCUGACAAUGGGGUUGAUGUUGUCUAUGAUUCUGUAGGGAAGGAUACCUUUCAGGGAUCAUUGGCAUGCUUGAAGACUCGUGGAUACAUGGUGAGUUUCGGACAAGCAUCAGGUGCAAUUGAUCCCGUCCCACUAUCAGCUCUUGCAGCAAACUCACUCUUCCUGACCAGACCGGCCCUGUUCCAGUACACUGCAGCUCGAGACAAGUUGUUAGAGGUUGCGGGAGAGGUAUUUGCUAAUGUUGCAUCAGGCGUAUUGCGAGUUCGAGUAAAUCACAAAUACCCAUUGUCUCACGCAGCACAAGCGCAUGCAGACCUCGAGAACAGGAAAACAUCAGGCUCGGCUGUGCUUAUACCCUAAAAUUUCUGCCUCAACUGCUGUUCUUUGUGAACAGAUUAAUAUGAGUUGGUUUGCAAAAUGCAAUGAUGUUAUCUCCAACUUUAGUGACAGACAGACUUGUUCAGCAAGCAAAAAAGGCAAUUGUAUUUUUCGCAUUUCUGAUGAAAGGCAAAACUGUUUCUGUGAAACAGCAG